CUAAAGCUAGGGUUCGAUUCCUUGGUAGGUUCUUAGCUAGGGCUUGGAGGCGAUAGAUCGAUCGACCGCGCGGCUAGGAGCUCGGCUGCGACUAGGAGGCGUUGUCAAUCUCUGGUUUGCCGCGGGGUACCGGCUUGGUGGAUCUCUUUCUCUGGAUUUCUGUCCCAGGCAUUGUGAUUCGCUACCACUACCAUGGGGGAUCGCCACGGCGGCUACGAUCUCAGGCGAGCGCCGCCACACGAGCGCCUGGACAAGCGCGAUGGUCGGAUCGGGGGUUUCCGGAAUCACAGCGAGUGGGAUAGAGGAGAGAGGAGCAACGGCAGGGAAAGGGAUCUGGAGAGAGGCGGCGGGGACAGAGACAAGGAGCCGCGGCGAGGGUUGAGUAGUCUCAUCGUCAAGGGCGGAUCCAGCUCCGCAGAAAUUGGCCAUGGUUUCCAGGGAUCUAUGCCUCACCAUCACGCCCGGAAUGGCUUGCCACACUAUGAGCCGCGGGAGGAGAGAGUCCGUUCUUCAGGAUUCGGUGACGCGGUUUACAUCUCCAAUCUCCCAGACGAUGCCAGGGAGGGGUCCGUGGCAAUGUUACUCGGAGAAGGUGCUGGGGUGAAGAUCGACCACAGAUCCAGGCUCCCCAUGAUCAAGAUAUAUGAAAACAAGGAUACAGGAUCCAAGGAAGCAGAGGUGGUGGUAGAGAAUAUGCAUGCGGUGGACGCAGUGAUUAAGCACUUCCAUGGCUACAGCUUUAGAGGGCGGAAGCUUCACGUAUCCGCUGGUCUGCACCGGGGCCAGGCGGCCAGCCCGGUUUCUCGUCACAGGCGGUCGGAUCACUACGUAGAGCACGAUGGUUUCCGCGGUGGCGGCGGUGGUGGCGGUGGCGGUGGCGGCGGUGGCGGCGGUGGUGGUGGAAGAACAAGUCCUCGGGGGUACCGUGACAGUAGAGCUCGAGGUCGUCCGGUCGAUCUUCCGCCGUUUGAUCGCCCCGGCGGCCAUCGCUCGCCACCUUACAGGAGGGAAUUCGACGGGCCUCCUCGGAACAAUCCGAAUAUCGUGCCAAGAGAGGGCGACUGGAUUUGCUCGGAGCCAACGUGUGGGAAUCUCAACUUUGCUCGUCGAUCUAACUGUAACAGCUGCCAGAGGCCUCGCCACCCUUUUGCGAUGGAGCCGCCUCCGCCGCGGGGAUUUCACGAUGCUCUACCGCCUCCCAGCGUCCUCGGCCCGCCUCCCAUGUCCAGAGGUAUGAUCGACUUGGGACCUCCUCCGCAGGUCUGGGACCGCAUGAUGCCGCGGGGAUUUCACGACAGGAUGCCACCCAUGGACGCCAGGUUCAUGGAGCAGCAUCCCCAGGAGAGGGGAGGAUUCCGGGAGAGAGACGUUGGCAUCCACGAUAUGAACGGUGGUGGUGGUGGUGGUCAUGGUGGUCAUCACAGGGAUCGAAGGCCUUCUUCUCCGGGGGAGAGUAGAAUGGACAGGGAGUUUGAUGAUCGCUAUAGCCGGAGGCCUCACUCUCGUCCCAGGUGGGAGGCCGACUUGAAAGUCCGGGACCGUGGGAUUCACAAGCGCCAGUCUUCUCCGAGGGGUGGCAGGAAGGUGUGAGCAGUGAGAUCGAUAUGGCUGUGAAAAGAUCGAGAAGAAGAGUCUCUAUUGGUAAGGUUUGCAAAAGUUUGGUUGCUUUAUUUUAUCAGUUCCUUGUUUUUCUUAACAUGAGCACUUACAGACUGUAUUUGCAAUUAAUAUUUUGUGAAGUCGCUUAGUAUUAUUUUGCCUUUAAAAUCACAUUAAUAUUUGGAUUA